AGGAGGCCGUGCGCGGCGCCCGCCUGUCCCCCAACAGGGCGCCUACCCACCGGGCUCGGUGCCUGCGGGCGUCUGGCUCCGGGCGCUUCAUCGGGACAACCGGGUCAGGGGCUGCCUCGUGGCCUUCCACGCGGCCCCCCAGACCAACCCCGAGCAGAGACUCCUCCCUCCCCGUCGUGGCUUCCCCCCCCCCCCCCGGCGCCCCUCCUCCGGAGGCAGCUGCCUUCGCCUCCCGUCCCGUCCCGUCGGGCCCGCAGGCAGCAGAGGGUGGCCGGCCAGGAGCGGAGAUGGAGAAGGUGCCCCUGGCCUCGGCCGGGCCCGAAGACCCCGAGCGGUGCCCGACGCCCCCCGCUUAUUCGGCUGUGAUGGCAAAGCCCUCUAGCACAGGACGGCUGCUGAGGAUCGGGGCCAUGGUGCUCAUCGGUGGAGCCCUCCUCCUCUUCUUCGGGGCCAUCGGAGCCUUCUACUACUGGAAGGUGAACAACAAAGAGCUUUACAAUGUUCACUACACAAUGAGCAUUAAUGGGAAGGUGCAAGAGGCAUCCAUGGAAAUCGACUCUGGAAACAAUGUGGAGAUUUUUAAAACAGGAAGUGGAAGUGAAGAGGCGAUCGAAGUUCAUGAUUUUCAGAUAGGCAUCACCGGGAUCCGUUUUGCUGGUGGAGAGAAGUGCUUCAUUAAAACUCAGGCUAAAACUGGAGUCCCUGAAGUCAAUGCCAUGACAAAAGAGAGUCUCUCCUUUGACCUGGAAGAUGAGAUUUUGCCAGCUAAAUUCGAUGAAAACUCUCUGGUUUGGGUGGCUGCGGACCAGCCUAUAAAGAACAACAAUUUCCUGAGCCCCAAAAUUUUAGAGCUCUGUGGGGAUCUUCAGAUUUUCUGGCUUCGACCGUCUUAUCCCAAAGUUGGGCAGAGAAGGAAGAGAGGAGCCACCAGGGGAAGGCGUCAGGCUCAGAGGGAGUUCAACCUGGAUCAGUUCGAAGCGGCGGCCGAGGAAGUGAACAGGAGGCCCCAAGCCCAGCAGAGGGCUCGGGAGCAGGGGCGUCGGUUGAAUGAUACCCGGCCUUCUGGGAGAGAUGUCAGGCCGACCUUCAAUCCAGACAACCCUUACCAUCAGCUAGAAGGAGGUGAAGGCAUGACCUUUGACCCACGGCUAGACCACGAAGGAGUCUGCUGCAUUGAGUGUAGGAGGAGCUACACCCACUGCCAGCGGAUCUGCGAACCUCUCCUGGGCUACUACCCCUGGCCUUACAAUUACCAAGGGUGCCGAUCUGCUUGCCGCCUCAUCAUGCCCUGCAGCUGGUGGGUGGCCCGCAUCUUGGGAGUUGUAUAAAGGAGCCCUGUGAAGAUGUGACCACCAUCAUUGCAUAGCUCUCCGUAUGUGUGUUUGUGUGUGUUUGUGUUAAUGUAUCAAAAACUGAAUGCCAGCCCUUGUAGAUGUAAAUAAAUGAAAACCCUCAAGCUAUGACUUCAUUUGUUUCACAAAAGCAGAGUGUAGCUUGGAAAUUUAUCUGUUAGCCAACUGUACCCUCUUCAACCCGGCUGGAAAACGAAAACAAAAAAUAUCUCAAGUCUCAAACGGGUUUACUCUUUUGUUUGUAAAUUAAAUCUCUCCACAUGAAAGCUUGCUGAGAAAUUGAAAUUCAGCCUCUCCAUAGAAAAGCCUUCUGUUUUGAAAUAGUUGUGGGGAAGUGUCCAAUUAGAGCACUCUGCUUUUGACAGUGCCUUUCAAUCAUGUAGCGCUUGAUAAAUAAAGUCCUAUGCGAA